GGGCGGACCCGGCGAGAGGCGGCGGCGGGAGCGGCGGUGAUGGACGGGUCCGGGGAGCAGCCCAGAGGCGGGGGGCCCACCAGCUCUGAGCAGAUCAUGAAGACAGGGGCCCUUUUGCUUCAGGGUUUCAUCCAAGAUCGAGCAGGGCGAAUGGGGGGAGAGACGCCCGAGCUGGCCCUGGAGCAGGUGCCCCAGGACGCGUCCACCAAGAAGCUGAGCGAGUGUCUCAAGCGCAUCGGAGAUGAACUGGACAGUAACAUGGAAUUGCAGAGGAUGAUCGCAGCUGUGGACACAGACUCCCCCCGCGAGGUCUUUUUCCGAGUGGCAGCGGAGAUGUUUUCCGAUGGCAACUUCAACUGGGGCCGGGUCGUUGCCCUCUUCUACUUUGCCAGCAAACUGGUGCUCAAGGCCCUGUGUACCAAGGUGCCCGAGCUGAUCCGGACCAUCAUGGGCUGGACACUGGACUUCCUUCGAGAGCGGCUGCUGGGCUGGAUCCAGGACCAGGGUGGUUGGGACGGCCUCCUCUCCUACUUUGGGACACCCACGUGGCAGACAGUGACCAUCUUUGUGGCCGGAGUGCUGACUGCGUCACUCACCAUCUGGAAAAAGAUGGGCUGAGGCCACCA